UUUCUCAUCCUCCUGUCCUCUUUCAAUUCAAUUCAACCGUUGAUUUUAGACCCAAAAUCUUUGAGAAUUUUCGGUCUUCAAUGUAGACUGAUUUUUUUUCUUUUUUCCCCUUCCCCUGAUUUGACUUUUACGAACAUUAAUUUAAUUUACUUAGGAAAAUUUGGAAAUGUUGUACCCUUAUAACUCCAAACUUUGCGUUAAAUCGGGUCAUUGUUCACUAGCACUGAACUGGAAAUUGCCGUCGGCAAAUGGCGGAUUCGUUGACGGAGGAGCAGAUUGCUGAGUUCCGGGAAGCCUUCUCCCUCAUCGACAAAGACUCCGACGGGGUGAUUACUGUGGAGGAAUUGACGUCGGUGAUGCAGUCUUUGAAUGAGCAUCCGACGAUGGAGGAAAUCCAAGAAAUGGUGAGUGAGGUUGAUGGUGAUGGUGAUGGUACAGUAGAUUUUGAAGAGUUCUUGGGUAUAAUGGCAAGAAAGAUGAAGGAAAAUGUGGGGGAGGAACUUAAAGAAGCUUUCAAAGUAUUUGAUCGGGAUCAAGAUGGAUUCAUAUCGGCCAUUGAGGUAAACUUGAAGAAAGACCUGCAAGAACAUUUUUACACUACACUUGCUGACCUGGCUUCCUUAGAUUCAGAUUUCCUUUUGAGCACUUUUUUCCAAUUUGUCGAUUGGCAACAAAGAUGGAAGAAAUUUUGUUAUCAGUUCAAUUCCUUGAUUAUAGGAGCGAAAAAGGGGAAACAAAGGAAGAGGACGAAGACUAACCACUGCGCUUUUUAUUCGAUAACUCCCUUGGAGUGGAAAAUAUUGGUCUCCAUAUUGCAUCUCUUUCCACAGGCUCUAUUUAUUUUUUCGUAGUCUUAUUUUUGCAUAAUGAAUUGCAACGUAAUAAAUGAAACCUUGGUGGAUGAGUCUGUCAACAACUCAAUUAGUUAUUCACAUACUUCACAUGCAAUUGUUGAGAUAUUCAUGGAAAGAACAGUGGUUAGAAAAGUAGAGGAAGUUGCAUUCUGUGACUUGUGGAGUCCAUGCUCUACUUCAUUAAUAAUAAUGUAGCGUGAGGCGUCAUGUUUGUUGCAGGAAAUUGCCUAGCACUUUCUUCAUAUUGUUUUAAUCGCAUGUGGUCAAAUUUCACAAGUCAUGUAGAGCUCCUCUUGCCAUUAAUAAAACCAAGAAUAGGUGGACAGAUGAGCAUGAUCUUAACAGCCUAGAAGUUGUCUUCUUGUGAAUGGCAAUGUUAUUUUUCAGCUUAACUAAGUACGAAACCGGAGAUAGCUAUUUAUAUUGAAUUAUAAUAACUAAUAGCAAGUCAAUUGACUUGUGAGAUGCUUAGUGAUAACUUUUGGACAAAAUGUGCUGGCCGUACAUGAUUUUGUUCUUCAUUUACAAUGCUGAUGACAAAAAUAUCAAUUUUCUAAUUGAGUGUCAUCUCGCUUUUACUUUAUAGAUGUUAUAAAAAUAUUUUGAUGUAGUUUUCUGGAAAAAUUGGAAUAA